CCGCCGCCGCCGCGCUCCCCACCAAGCACCACCGCAGCCAUGUCCGCCGUCCUCACCCGCCCGACCCCGGGCACGGUCCAGUGCUUCGGGCGCAAGAAGACGGCGGUGGCCGUCGCCUACACCAAGCCCGGGCGCGGGCUCAUCAAGGUGAACGGCGCCCCCAUCGAGCUGAUCCGCCCGGAGAUGCUGCGCCUCAAGGCCUUCGAGCCCAUCAUGCUCGCCGGCCGCUCCCGCUUCAAGGACAUCGACAUGAGGAUCCGCGUCCGCGGCGGCGGUAAGACCUCCCAGAUCUACGCCAUCCGCCAGGCCAUCGCCAAGGCGCUCGUCGCAUACUACCAGAAGUACGUCGACGAGGCCGCCAAGAAGGAGGUCAAGGACAUCUUCGGCCGCUACGACCGCACCCUCCUCGUCGCCGACCCACGUCGCUGCGAGCCCAAGAAGUUCGGAGGACGCGGCGCCCGCGCAAGGUUCCAGAAGUCCUACCGUUGAUUCGCUGCCGGCAGGCCAUCGCCGCCAAGGCGCUCGUGGCCUACUACCGGAAGCUCGUGCAUGGGGUGGUUUUCUCUGCUUUACCUCCCAAGUUUUAGACUAUCUAUCCUUAGCUACCUACCUUGUCAAGACAUUGUGAUAUGGAUGUGAUGUGGGAUGUUUUAAGACUAUUUAGUUGCUGCAAUAUCGGUUUUGCUUGUUACCUAUCUUGAGGAAUUUUGAUAUGGUAUGUUCGCCUUAUAUUUAUGUUAUGUCUGAUGCUAAAUGUUUCAUCUCA